GUUGAUUUGUAGCCUUAUAUCUUGAUAGUGUCUUUGUUAUCUCCCCUUUAGAUAUUGACGACAUUUGUAAUAAUGUUUGUCGAAUAGGAAUCGCAGGAUGGAAGUCUAUAGAACUGCAGCACUGUCACACACCAGUUAAAAUCCUAACAACAAGGCAGCAGAUACAAACUUAAAGAUGGAUGGCCCUGAUACACUUCAAGAUUUAUCUAUAUUUUACCUGAUGAACAAUUUAGAUAUACUUCUACCAUGUUUGAAUAAAAUCAAUGACACAAAUGAAGGGUUUGAGUCUUCCUUAACCACAUUGCUUGGCAACAGGAUGCUAGAGUAUUACAAUCUUCGGGGUACACCAUGUGACCAUGAGCAGCCAUUUGUUGAUGAGCUUGUGAAGAAAUUUAACUGCUGUACAGAUCUAAGCUUAAACAAUCAAAGAUCUUAUACACAUGAAAAUUUGAUGACACUAGCUAUGUGCUUUAAAUCUGUAAAAAAUUUAUAUAUGACAUGUUUUGAUUCUUCCUAUCGAUUGGAAGCUCUAAGUGUCUUGUGUAAAAAUAAUCUCUCUAAUUUAUCAACUGUUGUGAUUACACAGAAAUGUGAAGAGGAUGACACUAUUGGUUGUUUAAACCUGCUUGGUGGGAAGGACUUUGAUUCUGAUCUACCAUACUCGAGUGGUUCUGAUGAUGACAGUGAUGAUGACAAUAAAGCAGCAAGUAAAAAUGAUGGAAAAGCAGAAAGUAAAAGUACAGAUGGAACAGAUGCACAAGAAAACACUCAUAAUGAAGCAGAGAUGGAUACCGAUGAAAAAUUAGCAAGCAAAUCUUUAGAUAAUACUGUUAUAGAUAUGAAGUCUUUCAGCUAUUACCAAGUUUACAGCGGUAUUCAUCCAAAUAUUCGGCCAUGUCGAUAUUUUGGUUGGUUUUAUAGUCUGUUGUCAGGAGUGAUUAGCAGAAAUCCUAAUCUACAGUCAUUUAGAUUAGUAACAAUGCUCUCAAAUCCAAUUGAGUGGUUUCUAUCUCGGCCAGAUGUAGCAAAGCUUCAGCAUCUCCAAUCACUAUCAUUGUCCUUUGAAUAUUUUGAGAUGUAUGCUGCUAUCACGGAGGAUAUGAAGAUUCCAUUUACGAUCAGUUUCUUCACAAAACUACCUACUCUUAGGAACCUCAGACAUUUGGAUAUCUCCUGCAAUCUACCUCUAGAAGACUUUUCCGAAUUUGAACCAUUUUUAUAUGCAGAAAAUCAGGUUGAAAUGUUUGUAGAAGCAGUAAAAGAGAUGCCUCAGUUGAAGUCACUAGAUAUUUCAGGCACUAACCUUGCUACAAUCAUUCGACAUAGUGAUGACAGAGACAAGAAAUGUAGAGAUCAUUGUAUGCCAGGAUUUGAAGGGAGAAGAUUUGAGUUCCUGGGUCUGUAUGGAACUGAAGCAUGUACACAUCGUUUUAUACCAGCAGAUAGAGUGAGUGGCAAUGCAAGUAUUCAUCAGCUAAUCGAGGCCCUGAUGACUCUACAGCACAACAGUAUAAUAAGUUCUUUGGUAUUGAAAGACAUCAGUAGCUGGAUACAGGAGCACACUGUCAGCCGAGAUAACUGUUUGGCUAUUAUAGAUGGUUUUAUCAUGCUGAUGACCAAAAUUGGAGAUAUGGAUGCAUGUAGGUCUGAGUCUGAGGAAUUUGAAGAAAAAACUAUUGUGACUGCAUUGGAAGUGACAUAUAAACUUGUUGUGGACAAUGGGUUGGAAGAAUGUUUCACAGUUAGAAGGAAAAGAUUGUUGCUUGAUCAUCUAAUGACAUUUUGUGAUGCAGAAGGCUGGAGAAGGAAAUCAAAAACACAGCUUAUGGAGUAUUGUAUUUUGCUGAUUGUUCAACUGAAGUUAGGGAAUACUGCUUUGUACAGCUACAGAUUUAAGCAGUUUGUACCAGUUUUGCAGGUCAUCUUUCUUAGUAAAGUUGGCAAUGAUAAGAAAGCUCAUGCCAUCAAUGAACUGUAUACAGUAUGUAGUACCAAUCAGGAAUACAAGAUCAUUGCUGGUACCAAACUUAAUCUUGUUCAGAAUUUGUUAAAAACUGUAGAAGGGCUGUUGAUUGAGGAAACAAAUGAGAGUUUAAACUUACUUAGAGUAUGGAAAGUUUUAGGAACACUUACAGAUGAAAUUCCAUGUAAUUGUGAAUUGUUUGUCCAGAACAAAGGCUGCCAGUUUUCAAAGCUGUGUAUUGAUAAAUAUCCACAUGAUAAAGGUCUACACAAAAUGAUCCUUGGAAUACUGGUUGAUGUGUCAGAAAACUCCAGCAUGUCUUCAUGGUUGAUGGUGUCUGACAUGAUGACAGUAUUCAGACAACUAUUGUUAGAUGGGAAAGAUACAAAUGUAAGAUUUCUCGCAGCUGGACUUCUGCUCAGACUUGUAUCAUAUGGUGCGGAGAUAUGGACGUUGUCUGAACCUACUAGAGAUAGUAUAAUUAUGGAGAUAGACAAGACAAUUGAAACAUUGGAUGUCAAUGAACUUAUCACUGACAAUAAGUUCAGCAAGUCAUUGAGUAUAGUGUUGUCACAGAUAGAGAACUACAGCCUACCUGUCCAACAACAUUGGGCAGCUUGGCUCCUUGCUAACCUCAUUUCUGCAACACCGGAAACGUUCUGGGAUAAACUGGAGGCUGAAGAUGGGUUGUCAAGGAUUGAGAUUGUGUUGCAACAUGGAGGAGUUAAAGACGACAUUGUUAGUCUACUGCAGAAGAUCAAAACACUAACCUGUGAAUAUAGACAUCAAUGAGCAGAUUGGUUAUAUAUCAGUGAUGUAUAAAUCAUAUAUUUGUGAACCUUCUUGUACCUACAUUUUAGCAUGGUUAUACAUCAGUGAUGCAUAAAUCAUAUAUUUGUGAACCUUCUCAAAUUUUAGCAAAUAGUUUUUAUAGGUUCAUAAAUAGGCUCUUUCCAGAGAUCUUUGGAAGAAAUAUGUGUUCAUACUAGCUAGCAAUUAUGUGUUCAUAUUUUGUAAUUGUCAGUUGUUUUGCAGUUAGGUUCAUAAUUAUGGUUACACUUUAUUUAGGGUCACUAAAACUAACUUCCGUCUUUGAUAGAUAGAUACAUGUAUGUUAUUGUAAAGCAAAUGAUGACUCAUCAACACAUUUUCUGGGGAUCUCUUCUAACUCUUUAAGCUUUGGAAUUGUUUACAAUGGUAGGAUUAUGAACUUAUAUUAGCAAAUAAAAAGAAAUGUGAAUGCUCACCUGCACCAUUUUGUUGAUGUGUAUCUUUAAAACUAUAAAGAAUAAACAUAUAGAGCAAAGUUUUUGGAAAGUUAUAAAAUUAAAAAAGUGUGUGACUUUCACUACAGUA